GCGCCGGGCGCGCGUCGCGGGCUGAGGCGGAGGGACGGGGCCAAGAUGGCGGCGCCCGUCCUGCUGCGGGUGUCGGUGCCGCGCUGGGAGCGGGUGGCGCGCUCCGCCGUGUGCGCCGCCGGCAUCCUGCUGUCCCUGUACGCCUGCCACUUGGAGCGUGAGAAGGGCCGCGACAGCCACUACCAGGCCUUGUGCGACCUCAGCGAGCGGGUGCGCUGCUCCGCCGCCAUCACCUCCAGAUGGGGUCGAGGAUUCGGUCUCUUGGGUUCCAUCUUUGGAAAGGACAGUGCAAUAAAUCAGUCAAACAGUGUUUUUGGCCUGGUGUUUUAUAUACUACAAAUGCUACUGGGUAUGACAGCGAGUGCAGUAGCAGCUCUGAUCCUCAUGACAUCCUCCAUAGUGUCUGUAGUAGGGUCCCUGUACUUGGCAUACAUUCUGUACUUCGUGCUGAAGGAAUUUUGCAUUGUCUGCGUGCUCACAUAUUUGCUGAACUUCAUUCUCUUUAUCAUCAACUACAAACGACUAGUUUAUUUGAACGAGGCCUGGAAGAGGCAACUCCAACCCAAACAGGAAUAACCCCUGCUGGAACUUUUGACUGACAGUCUGAAGACCCAACUUCCAUUAAGUUUAUUUUGCAGUAAUUUUUUUAUUCUCCAUAUCAGACACUUUUUUUCUUCCCUUUCCCCCCCCAAGAAUCAUAAUGGAAAAUUUGAAUUAUAAAUUUCAAGGGGCCCCAGAUAAUUUCUCUGUGCUAAUCUUCAGUUUCAAUGCGGUUAUGAAAGGAAACUCUGUAACAAUCAAAGACAAGCUUUAACUUUACUUUGAAGGAGUUUUAGCCACAGCAAAACCUAGACUCUCUUUCUUCCCCCUCCACUUGUGAAGUGGGUAACACUUGCUAGAAAAUAUCCUGUAUAUAAAUUCAGGUAUAACAAGAUGUGAUCAUGACAUGAAAUAUUCUAGACUAGCAUCACCAUAUUUAAUGUUGCCAUGUUUACAGUAUGUGUAUUUUUUUUCCUUCUUUUUUCUUUUUUUCUUUUUUUUUCUUUUUUUUUUUUUUAGCUGAUGGACUUAGAUUUGACUAGGACUUAUACUGUAAAUAAAAUUAGAACUCUUGGUUUAAUCCCUGGAGAACUCACUGUCCCAUGGGUUUGGUUAGGAGCUGUCAGAGGGUUCAGCUCAGAGUCGACUGACAUGAUGGAAGAAGUGACCUCUAAAGAACAUGGAGUUGCUGCUCUCACUGUUGUGCUUUCACAAGAAUGAUGCUUGGGGUUGGUUCCAUUUUUUUCUUCUUGUUUUCUUGAUUUUUUUUUUUCCUUUUUUUUUUUUUUUUUUUUGUCUCCAGUAACAAAAAUGGAAUUAAAGCUGAAACCUGAAGUAUGUUGAUUAAACGACAACCUCAUUAAUUUCUGUACAGAACAAAAAUAGCUUCAUGUGGUCAAUGAAAAGCUGAUUUGCAGAUUGGGGGCUGGAUGAAGUGUUCUUUGAAAGGACUCCAUUUCAAGCAGAGCUGUUUCAUUGGAAGCUGUGCUCAGUCAGCCAGUGUUACUAAUGUUUGAUGUUCUAUGAAUGCUGCAGUAUAGAAUUGCAAUUUGCAGUGGAAACCACUGAGUGAGCAGGAUAACCAAGCAGUGCACUGAAAAAGCAGUUCCUUAAUUGAUCUUGGUCAGGAUCUUUGGUUUGUGCUAUAUUGGGAAAUGAACUUUAGGCCUGACAAACACACACAGAGAAGAUCUCUUGGAAGGGCAGCCUGUUUAAUGGGAUAAGUAAGUCAAUGUGCUCCUGAAAAUGAAAUGUGCUAUAGUGCUAUCAUUGCUCUUUCUAAGAACUAUUUGGGAAAAAAAAUAUUAAACUGCAGAUUUAAACAAAGGAACAAAAUUGUACACGUUGUUUCUGCACUCAGUAUUCUAAGGCUGAAUGUUAAAAGUGCCUUCUGUCUUCAAAUCUUAAACCAAAUACUUUGUGUUGAACUUGGCAGGCAGAAGUGUCCUUGCUUUAAAAAUGAACAAAAUUCCCAGCAAACCUGCUGGGGAUAGAAGAGUAUUAAGAGAUCUGUUUUUAGUUUUUAGACUGAGAAGUGGUAGCAGUAUUGUUGUCAGUUUAAUUUCAAAGGUUGGUGUGAUUUGGAAAAGUGAAAUACUUGUGUUUCUGACUGUGAGACACCAAAUUGUGUGGGUUCAGCUAUUUUCUGUAAUUGGUGCUGUGCUGCUUUUUGCCCUUGUCAGUUCAAAAUGUGAAGAAUUCCAACUGCAUGCCCAUUUAUUUAAAGAACUAAUUUAUCUCCUUUUAGAUUUUCAUUCUCAAACAUGAAUGUCAGAGAGACACUUCCAUUGUAAGUGGAUUUUAACACUAAGGAUAAGCUACUGUGAAACAAGCAGGGUUUCCAUAGGGCAAAACAAGUCUGGAGAUUGAAUUCACAAAAUUAUAUUUAAAUUACUACUGAAGUAAUUCUGGUUUGUACCAAGGGUGGAGGUGGAAACUGCUUUUCUGUACAGAGUUCUGUGGUGUGAGUAACAUCUGUUGCAUGUAACACUAAAUGACUUGUCCCUCGUCUGACAGUUUUAGCCAACAAUUCAUUAAAUGAGUUUUGUAUUGACCAGAGUAUAGUUAAAGCUUGUCUUGAUGUUUAGUUCUGUCUCUCAAAUGCCUUCCACUUUGAUAUUAAGGGGAAUGAAUGAUGUUGAAUUGGUCCCUCAAGGCUUGGCUUUGUUCUGUGCCAAGCCUUGAGGCAGUAGCAGUGUUUAAUGUGUUGUAUAGGUUUUAUUUCCAUGCAUUCCUGUGAUCUACACUAAAGGCAUCUUUUAUUCACCCAAGGAAGAGGUGACCAUGUGCUGCCAGAGCAAGCAGCCAUGGAGACAAGUCUAAUCCAUGAGUACUUGGUCCAAUUUCUGGGAAAAAAAAAGAGGAAAAAAAAUCCCCAUCAGCUGAAAGUAUUGGUGUUAACUUCACUGUGUCUUGUGCUUGUUUGUGUGGGCAUAGUCUGUUGAUUCAGUUUGUUUAGUAAAAAUGUUUAGGGCCAGAUUUUCAGCAGUGGUGUCUGCAGUCCUUGUUUGUGUGCUCAUUGGAGCUGGAGUUUGGGCUCUGGGAGAAUUUGCAGCCACACUUUGUGCACGACCUUUGCAAAUCUGAUCCUUAAUUGUGAACCUCUGGUCUCAUGUGCUUCCCUUGCAGUUACUUUUUACUGGAAGUGAUUUCUGAAAGGGCCCUGAUUUCUUCUCUUUCUUGUGCUUUAGAAAUGCAGUUGGCCUGGAUAAAAGGCAGAAUAAUCUUAGCAGGAGAAAUUCAGCCCUUUCUGCUUCCAGUUCUUUUGACUCUUUCCUUGCUGCUCCCAGUGAUAGAAACAGCAUCUUCCUUCCAGGAAAAUGGGUUGUGAUGGAAAUCAGGAGUUCAGCUGUGCCCCCGCUGCCUGCCCCAGCCAAAACAUGCUGGCAAAACUGGUUUUACCCUUACAAAUCCAAAGGCAAAUCCUAAAAAUGUUCAAGGAUGCAGCUGGGUAAAGGCAGGUGAAUGAUAUUUGGGCUGGCAAGGGCCAGGGGGAUGUUACAGAGAUCACUCAGGAGAAAGGAAGGGAUAAAAUUUACAGUAUCCAGAGGUUCUGAAUUUGGGCUCUUCCUGCCCUUCUUUGGCUCUCUCAGAAUCCCAGAAUUCCUUUGGGAUCAUGGAAUAUCCUGAGUUGGAAGUUCCACAGCAAGGGGAGGAUUGGAAAGGCCAAAAAAACCCUCAUCCCAAAACCUGCUUAGGAAUUAAACAUCCCUGAAAUCCUCUUAGUGUGAGGUACUUGCUACUCUUUAUGGCCAACAAAGCAUUGGAGUCUCGUGGAGGAAAUGAAUAUUCUUGGAAGUUUGUGACAUUUGUGACACUGAGGCAAAUGAAACAUUCCUGAGCACCUUUUGAGAUCUCUGCUGAGGAGGUUUCUGGAUGCUGUAGUUUGCAUUUUUGUGCUGCUGUAGAAUCUCAUUUGUUCCAGGAGGUUGGUGAGGUGUUUCAGGCAGUUCUGCUCCUAAUUUAUGUGGGCUGAAGUCAGAGAUUGGCUUUUGUUCUGCCAAUGUUGUUUAAACUGCUCCAGAAAAGAGAUGAAGUAUUCUGUUACCACAAAACUGUGUUAAGCAUGGCCUAAAUAUUAAGUGUUUGUUCUGUAUAGUAUGUUCCAUCAACUAUUUAUUCCCAGUGCUUUCAACUCCAAAUCCAACACCCAUUUAAAAUGGAGUCAUUGGGCAGAUGCUCCUUUUCUCAAUAUAGGCUGAGAGAUUCUCUACUGGAGGUUUAGGAUACAAUUUUGCUAACAGGUAAAAAAAACCCAUGUAAAUAUGUACGAAUUCUAUUUGUUGCACAUAACUUUUUUGGUAUAAAAAAAAAAAAAAACUAACAAAAAUAAAUGUAGAAAUUACCUGUGGA